CUCACGCCCGCUUUUUGAGGUGGUGCCGCGUGAUCAGCCCUUCGUCUAUCACAGCUCCGACCACCCGGUGCCUCAGUCGCCGCUCCCGGUUCAAAACCCGCCGUCGCUUGAACAGCUUCUUCUUCAGCUCCUGCAGGGGAGAAAGAGGCGAAUCAGAGGGAGGCCGCCGACGGCGACCCCGGCAUCCCAUCCAUUCCAUUCGGCGCGAGGGAAGAAGGUUCCGGACCCAGCGCCGCAAGCAGCCCCGGGCUUGCUGGAAGGCAGGCAGUCAGGGCUGGGGACGUUUGAGGAAGUAGAGUCGGGGCCCCCAAGCAGUCACCGUGCGAGGCCGGUUGACCUUCCCACCCGGAGCCCCCAUGGUAGCGUCGCGACCUCGGCGCGGGGUCCUGGUUUCCGCUCUUCUACGCGAUCUGCGCGGCCCCGCCCCUGCCCUCCGUGGACCAAUGGCAGCUCGGGGGCGGGACCCAAGAGAUUAUAUAAAGGAGCUCCGCCAACUUCCCCUUCUUUCGCGGGCGGCUACGGGUCUCUGGACUGCGCCUUGAGAGUGGAAGUUACAUACUCGUCUUCUAUUUCCCGUAACAAUCAUUAAAGACUGUGCGUGUGAGUCUGUGUCCGCGUUCUUUCUUGCGACGUUGCAGAGUUCGGGAAAGCUACGCGUCCUUGCGCGACUCGGAACUUGCAGAUCUUCCCUCAGACCUCAGGCCCUUGCCUUUCUCCCACUCAAUUUCGGGCGGCGGCUCGCAGAGGGUACCUGGCCGACCUUGCUGGGACCUCCGAUGGCCGCGCUGCGUUUACCCCUACACGUGGCAACCCUGAAGGCGGGGACAUGUCGCGCCUUUGCGGGCUCCCUGGCCGGAAACUGCCUGGCCGACCGCCGCCUCUGGGAUCAGCUACACGCCCAGCCCCGUCUGGGUAACGUUACCACCUUCGAUUGGUUUUUUGGAUACGAGGAAGCCAAAGGGCUCCUACUGCCGCUGCUGCAACAGGCACGGGUCGCCUGCCCGCUCCGGGUGCUGGACGUGGGUUGUGGGAUCUCGAACCUGUGUGCAGACCUCUACACUAAAUGCCCGCACCCCGUGGAAGUGCUGGGGGUGGACUUCUCUCCUGUGGCUGUGGCACACAUGAACAGCCUCCUGGAGGGUGGUCAAGACCAGGCACCCCUGCUAGGUGCCCAUCCUGCCUCCAGCCUCAAGUUCCUGCAGGCUGAUGCCCUGAACCUCGGGCCAGUGGCUUCCUCAGGCGCCUUCCAGCUGGUGCUGGACAAGGGCACUUGGGACGCUGUUGCCCGAGGUGGUCUGUCUGGGGCUUACCAGCUGCUGUCUGAAUGCCUGAGAGUCCUGAGCCCCCAGGGGACCCUAAUUCAGUUCUCAGACGAGGACCCUGAUGUGCGGCUGCCCUGUCUGGAGCAGGGGUCCCAGGGCCGGCCUGUGACUGUGCAGGAGCUAGGUCCUUUCAGAGGUCUCACAUACUUUGCUUACUUGGUUCACGGCUCUCAUUAAAGACACUUCUUGCUGACUUGUUUCUGCUGGGUCAGGAGAGGGUUGGAGAGCUUUGUAUUUGCAAAACAGAUGGCUAGGAAAUGAGAGUGUGAUGGCUAGGCUUCCAUAUUUACUACUGGGUAUGCACUUAUUGAAUGUUUCUGUGACUCAGUUUACUCAUCUGCAAAGUGGGAAUGAUACCAAGAGUCAUGGGGCUUACAGUGAGAUAUGUAAAACAUUUAGCAGUGCCCAGCACAAGAUGAGUGCUGAAUUCAGAAAAUGUAAGUGGAUCAUCCCUUUCCCCCAACUAACUAGAUCUCAAAAAAGCAACAGAUGGGAAUUUUUAAUCCAAAUCCCAGCAAUGACGUGUGGCCCAGUGGCUACCCUCUAAGCCUUGUUUUUCUCUCUUGAGAACAAUACUCACCCUCAAAGCCACUGCUAGGCAGGAGAUGGGGAUAUUCCACAAUGCAGUAGACUUCGGAGCCUGCUGCCAGGUCCCUGAGAGGACAAGGGUUGGAAUCUUCGAGACACUCCUUGUCCUCAGGAAUCCAGGAGGCAUCUUGUUCUUCCUGCUCCUGCCGCCAGCCGAGUCCCGGGUUAAAGGUUUUUAGGGGUGAUCUAGGGUCCAAUGGACUCCAAGCCCAGCCUGGGAGGGGUGGGGGAUAAGGGGAGUUAUAGAGCCAAUUAAAACUACUCGUGAUGUAUUACUGAGUUUUUGUCAAAAAUGAUAGGACAAAUUUGUUACCGUUUUUUGUUUAUAAAAACAAUACAGCAG